GACGGUAGUGCAGCAGCAGCCGCCGCAGCUGCCGCAGCAGCAGCUGGUCGUUCUGGACAAAAUAGAAACAGUGGUCAGACCGUGGUGAUAAACGAAGGCGGAUCAGGAUCAUCUGCAUCUAGCUCAGCAGCCUCUUCAACUGCAUCAUCAGCCUCUGGAUACGGAAAUAGAUUCAACAAUAACGGAGCCGGAUUCUUUGGCUUCGGUCCACAGUACCGCAGCAGUGGUGAAACCAUCGUGAUUAAUAGAGGUGGCUCACCAUCAACAGGGUCAACUACUGCAACAGCUUCUUCAUCUGCUUCUGCUGGCGCCGAGUCCUCUGACGGAUCCAGCGCUUUAGGACCUAUAGGUUAUGGUAUUGAUGUGCCACUUGCACCAUACGGAAGGCAGUCACCAACUGUCAUUGUAAAUAGAGAGGGAUCUGGCUCAAGUUCUUCAAGUUCUGCUUCAUCUUCCGAUGGAUCUUUAUCCAAUGGUGUAGGAGCUCGAAGAUAUGGAGGUCAGGCUUACAGUGACAGUAAUGCAGCAGCAGCCGCAGCAGCAGCCGCCUCAGCCGCCGCAGCUGCCGUAGCAGCAGCUGGUCGUUCUGGACAAAAUGGAAAUGGUGGUCAGACCGUAGUGAUCAACGAAGGCGGAUCAGGAUCAUCUGCAUCUAGCUCAGCAGCCUCUUCUUCUGCAUCGUCAGCCUUGGGAUCCGGAAGCUCUGGAAGCGUACCGGGAUUCUAUGGAUACGGCAACAACGGUGCCGCCUCCAACGGUUUCGGAGGAUUGGGCGUGGGUGAUAGUAGUGCAGCAGCAGCCGCCGCAGCCUUAGCAGCAGCUUACAGUUCUGCAUUAAAUGAAGACAAUGGUUACGGUGAUCAGACGAUUGUGAUCAACGAAGGCGGAUCGGGGUCAUCAGCGUCUAGCUCAGCAGCCUCUUCUUCUGCAUCGUCAGCCUCUGGAUCCGGAAGCUCUGGAAGCGGACCGGGAUUCUAUGGAUACGGCAACAACGGUGACGCCUCCGGCGGUUUCGGAGGAUACGGCGUGGGUGACGGUAGUGCAGCAACAGCCGCCGCAGCCUCAGUAGCAGCAUCAGAAGCAGCAGCUUACAGUUCUGCAUUAAAUGAAGACAAUGGUUACGGUGAUCAGACGAUUGUGAUCAACGAAGGCGGAUCGGGAUCAUCAGCAUCUAGCUCAGCAGCCUCUUCUUCUGCAUCGUCAGCCUCUGGAUUCGGAAGCUCUGGAAGCGGACCGGGAUUCUAUGGAUACGGCAACGACGGUGCCGCCUCCAACGGUUUCGGAGGAUUGGGCGUGGGUGACGGUAGUGCAGCAGCAGCUGCCGCAGCCUUAGCAGCAGCUUACAGUUCUGCAUUAAAUGAAGACAAUGGUUACGGUGAUCAGACGAUUGUGAUCAACGAAGGCGGAUCGGGAUCAUCAGCAUCUAGCUCAGCAGCCUCUUCUUCUGCAUCGUCAGCCUCUGGAUCCGGAAGCUCUGGAAGCGGACCGGGAUUCUAUGGAUACGGCAACAACGGUGCCGCCUCCAACGGUCGCGGUGGAAACCGCUUGAGUGACGGUAGUGCAGCAGCAGCCGCUGCAGCCGCCGCAGCUGCCGCAGCAGCAGCUGGUCGUUCUGGACAAAAUAGAAACGGUGGUCAGACCGUGGUGAUAAACGAAGGCGGAUCAGGAUCAUCUGCAUCUAGCUCAGCAGCCUCUUCUUCUACCGUGGUGAUAAACGAAGGUGGAUCGGGAUCAUCAGCAUCUAGCUCAGCAGCCUCUUCUUCUGCAUCGUCAGCCUCUGGAUCCGGAAGCUCUGGAAGGGGACCGGAAUUCUAUGGAUACGGCUACAACGGGGCCGCCUCCAACGGUCGCGGAGGAAACCGCUUGGAUGACGGCAGUGCAGCAGCAGCAGCCGCAGCCGCUGCAGCAGCAGCUGGUCGUUCUGGACAAAAUAGAAACGGUGGUCAGACCGUGGUGAUAAACGAAGGCGGAUCAGGAUCAUCUGCAUCUAGCUCAGCAGCUUCAUCUUCUGCAUCGUCAGCCUCUGGGACCGGAAAUAGAUUCAACAUUAACGGAGUCGGAUUCUUAGGCUUCGGUCCACAGUACCGCAGCAGUGGUGAAACCAUCGUGAUUAAUAGAGGUGGCUCACCCUCAACAGGGUCAACUACUGCAACAGCUUCUUCAUCUGCUUCUUCUGGCGCCGAGUCCUCUGACGGAUCCAGCGCUUUAGGACCUAUAGGUUAUGGUAUUGAUGUGCCACUUGCACCAUACGGACGGCAGUCACCAACUGUCAUUGUAAAUAGAGAGGGAUCUGGCUCAAGUUCUUCAAGUUCUGCUUCAUCUUCCGAUGGAUCUUUAUCCAAUGGUGUAGGAGCUCGAAGAUAUGGAGGUCAGGCUUACAGUGACAGUAAUGCAGCAGCAGCCGCAGCAGCAGCCGCCUCAGCUGCCGUAGCAGCAGCUGGUCGUUCUGGACAAAAUGGAAAUGGUG